AUGGCCACUGAGGAAGAGACACUCACAGGCUCGCCAUCAGACAUGAUUCUAGCCGACCAGCAGCUGCAUGAAGAAUCCCAUCCAAGGAAGCGCCAGCGUACUAUAUCCUUCACGGACGACUUGGCUUCCGAAGAGCCAACAAAGGGUGUAUUUCCUUGCUUCAACGAUGGCGACGUUAUCGUCACUUUGAAGGAUUCUAAAAGACUGCAUGUUUGGCGCUUGCACAGCGGUACUCUUGCCAAGGGUUCGGCGAAAAUCAAAAAGGCCUUGACAAUCGAGGACGACCUGGCUCGGGAGGUGGAAACUCCCGACGGCAUCAAAUUCCACUUGACCCUGGCUGAACCCCAACAGCCUCCCACAAUGCCGCUCUUGGUUUCCCGCGCCCUGAACCUUAUUCCGGAGGACGCAAUGACACGAGUUGUCAGUUGUCGCGAUCGGAAUUCCUGGGCCGCAUCUCCAACUCCGAGUGGAGAUAACAGUGUUGCCACUCAAAUCAAGGUUGAGGAGCAAGAAGGCUGGGAUACGUCUCAAUGUCCUGGGAACUUGAGUGCCCGCACCCAGUCAGAGAUCUGCUCGGCCUACGACAACCUCUUUCGUCAUUUGUACGGCUUGCCUCUACGCCUUAGCACGACCGUCACGGUUCAACAUAGUCUGUUCCGGGCAGAGGUGCUCGUUUCAGUGUUCCGUGCGCAGGGAUGUCUCCCGAGCAUCCGACCACACCUCGGCAAUGUCUUCUCUCAGUACAGGCGUGGGCUCUUCGAAGCUAUCGCCCGUGAUCCCUGCCGAUGGAUCAAUCUCUCCAUACCCUUGGAAAACGAGUCCAUAUACACGGAGGCAUAUGUGCAUCUCGUUGGAUCAUUGAGCAAAUAUACGAAGCUAGACACCAGGACGAUUCAACCUGCUCUAAUGACCAAGAUCAAAAAGAAGCAUGAGAACCUCAUGCAUGCGCAGGAGAAGGUUAUAGGAGAGCUGCUUCGGUUAACCAUACACGUGGAUGGCAAACCGGUGACCAUGGGCGCUCAGCUCGAGACGUGGAUAGCUGUCGCGCUGUUCAGAGACUGGCUGGCGAUAGAGCUCGACAAGACUGAGAGAAGAGCACCAGGAACUGUCCGUCACAGAAGAGAGACGUCGUCUACUUCCAGUACUACCUCUCCGCUUGGCAUAGGUUCGCUGCUUCGCCGGAUUCACCGCGGCGGAGACGAAUACCUGGAAUACGACGCAGUUUUGAAGGAGGCGAAGGAAGUUUAUGAGGUUCUCGGCAGCGAUUGGGAAGACUUGGCAGAGGAUCUCCGCACCCUGAAGAAGUUUGCAUCGAAAGUGGUGGAGAAGCUCUGCGCCAAUAACCUCAUGCUCGAUCCCGAACUCUACGGGAUCCCGUACCUUACGUGCAUGGACGUUGGGACGAAAGACUUGCCAUGGCUGGCAGAGAAAGAGGGAGCGUGA